AGGAAUAGAUCGGUGCCAUGGCAGUGGGGGGAGGGAAAAGAGCAUAAAGAACCAUGGCGCGGCAAAUUCCCAUCCUCAACUUCCAGCGAGGAGAUUUCUGCUGCACUCUCUUUGCAUCCCUCACCUUGUUUUGUGCUGCUUUCCUCCUUGCUGCAUGGCUCCCAGUCGAAACCUCCGACAGGGACUCUGCUGUGAAUGUAGUGAUUUUCAUCUCAUCUUUGGGUAGUGCAGUACUGCUGAUUUUCGCUUUUCUCAAGCUGAUAUGCGGGUAUGGCGAUGUUUGCACAGCGGAUGAAUACGAACAGGCCGAGGAGGAAAUCAGCAUCCUUACCCCAACAACGCCAAAUAGAUCAAGUUGGAAUGACGAGGUGUUGUUUGCACAAGCAGUGCCAGAGGUGUUGCCAAAGCCUGAAGCACCUGCCAAGUCUGUGAACCCGGCGGUACCCGAUCUGCAGUUCUUGUACCAGGCUGACGAGCUCGCUUCCAUUCCGGGCUCUCGGGCUUCUGAGAAAGAUUUCACUCGUAAGCAUCGAACAUGGGACAUUCAAAGAGACGCAUAUGAUAUGACAGGAGAUAGAAAGAGCAUCAGAGACACCAUAGUUGAGGCAGGUUUGGUUCUAGAACCCAUCAAGCAAUCCAUCCAGAUGAACGGUGAAGUGUUCCCUGCUGGAACUUUCUGCGUUUCGGACAUCAAGAAAGGAAGUCCGUGUGAGAGACAAGGCACGUGCCGGGUGGGGGAUCUGGUCUUGAGUGUGAACUCAAAGAGGCUGGUUGAGGGAACUCCUGUAGAUGAAGUGCAUCACCUGCUAGUGGGAAAAGUUGGAACCUCCAUCUUGAUCCAAAUCUUCCCGAAAGACAGCAUGACUUAUCUGACCAGACAUGUCA